UACGAAAGUGAUAGUUAUUAUUUCUAAGAUAACACUAAGUGUUGUAAUACAUUCUUAUCUUAUCAAAACGUCCCAAACUAGUCAUUUCAAUUUUCAUGUGCAUUUCCCUCCAAAAGCCACUUAUUCUUAGCACUAAAGAUGCUUAAAACAAUUUUCUCACCUGUUUCAUCGAUUCUUCACUUGAAAUGCAAAGAUCCCAGAUUAUGUUUAACUGUUAAAAAUUUUCAAACGCAAUGCACGGCUACUGUUCGACAAAAUGCCCCAAUGAAACAAACUCCUAUUUAUCUGCUCCCUCCAACUUCAGCUUAUGUUCACCUUCCUUUCUGUAGGAAACGUUGUCAUUACUGCGAUUUCCCUAUUGUCGCUUUAGGAUCAUCCCUAAAUCAAUCAUAUGACGAUGACCCUCGAUUUGUUGAUUACAUUGAGUUGAUAUGCAGGGAAAUUAAGGCUACAACUUUGGAUUUUGUUCAAUGCCCACUUCUUGAAACUGUGUUCUUUGGAGGGGGUACCCCUUCUUUGGUCCCACCAAAGCUUGUAUCUUUGGUUCUUGAUACAUUAAAAUCAAAAUAUGGGGUGUGUUUGAAUGCUGAGAUAAGCAUGGAAAUGGAUCCUGGUACUUUCACUGCUGAUAAACUGAGGGAAUUUAUGGGGUUGGGUGUGAAUAGAGUGUCUCUUGGUGUGCAGGCAUUUCAAGAUGAGUUGCUUAAGGCUUGUGGUCGAGCUCAUGGGCUUAACGAAGUUUUCGAAGCAAUCGAUAUUGUCGAGUCAUGUCAAGUCGAAAAUUGGAGUAUGGACUUGAUUUCUUCCCUCCCUAACCAGACCCCAGAAAUGUGGAGUGAAAGCUUGCAGCUUACAAUUGAUGCCAACCCCACCCAUGUAUCUGUUUAUGAUUUACAAAUUGAAAAAGAUACUAAAUUUGGCGUAUUGUAUACACCAGGAGAGUUUCCUUUACCAAGUGAAUCCCAAUCUGCAGAGUUCUACAAAAUGGCUUCAGAAUCAUUUACAAGUGCAGGAUAUGAUCAUUAUGAAAUCAGCAGUUAUUCAAAGAGUGGGUUUAAAUGUCAACACAAUCUUACUUAUUGGAAGAACAAAUCAUUCUACAGCUUUGGUCUUGGUUCCGCGAGUUAUCUCAAUGGUUCGAGAUUUUCAAGACCGAGAAGAAUGAGAGAAUAUGCAAAGUAUAUCGAGAAUUUGGAGAACGGGCUGAUGAAACAUGAAGCGAGUGGCGAUGUUGAUACUAAGGAUAAGGCAAUAGAUGUUGUGAUGUUAUCACUAAGAACUGCAAGAGGAUUAGAUGUCAAGUCAUUUGCUCAAGAUUUCGGUGCCUCACUUGCCUAUUCUGUUGGGCAAGCUUAUAGACCUUAUGUAGAAAGUGGACAUAUGCUCUUCCUCGAUGGAGAAAGGAAGAUUUUACCGGCAUUUGAAGUUAACACGUUGCUCGUUGCUGAGGACAAGUUCAGUGAUAAGGUUGCGUUCAUCCGGCUUAGUGAUCCAGAGGGUUUUCUUCUUUCUAAUGAACUGAUUUCAGUUGCAUUUGGGGUAAUUGCUCCAUAAGUGCAGCAUUCUUUGUUUUGUGGAUUACAUGUUGCUAAUCUAUUAGGCUAGUAUUCUACUAGAAGUAUGUAUAACUUUGUAUCAUAUGCAAUAGGAAAAAAAAUUCAUUUUUGGU